UUUUUGCUUCCUUCGCGGCAGAACUGUCGGCGGGCGCUGCGCUAUGGCCUCGCGCGUCCUCGGUUCCCUCCGCAGAGCUGCGUUAUCGGGGUGCAAAGCCCAGCCAAGUCUGUAUCAGGUUUGCUCGUCUCUUGCCACAGGACCCAGGCAAGAUGUUGGCACCUUCUAUGAACUCCGUACUUACGAUAUCAAACCAGCAAAGGCAAAGGAAUUCCUCGAGUUGGUCAAUAAAAGCAUCAACAUUCGCCUGGCUCACUCAGAGAUGAUUGGAUUCUGGACAGCAGAGUUUGGGUCAAUGAAUAAGGCUUUCCAUAUUUGGAAAUAUGACAACUUUGCCCACAGGACAGCUGUAAGGAAAGCUGUGGUCGCUGAUAAAGAAUGGCAGGAAAGAUUGUCUGUACUUCUUCAAUUCCUAGACAAGCAGCAUACGGAAAUUGCUUACAUGGUCCCCUGGUGUGAGCUCGGGAGUUCUCCAAAGCCAGGAGUUUAUGAGUUGGUUACUUAUCAGCUGAAACCAGGUGGACCCGCUUUGUGGGGAGAGUCAUUCAAAGCAGUGAUUGAUGCGCACAUCAGCAAAGACUAUUCUGAACUGAUUGGUGUCUUCCACACAGAAUACGGAUUACUUAAUACAGUUCAUGUGCUUUGGUGGUAUGAGAAUCCUGAUAGCCGUGCGGCUGGGAGGCAUUUUGCCCACGAAGAUGCCAGGGUGGUAGCAGCAGUACGGGAGAACGUUCAGUACUUGGAAUCCCAGAAAAACAUGCUCCUGAUUCCUGCACCAUUUUCGCCUUUGAAAUAGUUCUCUAACAGAUGAAAGGCAACAGAUGAACACAUCCUUUCUUUAUUUCGGCAUCUUUAUCCUCCAAUUGCAACGUUUGUGCCUUGAUGCAAAUUGAGUUCAGCCUUGCAAAAUGUUGAAUUGCGUGUGCGAAACUUGAUUUUCCCGCCGCUCGCUAGCAAAGAAUACACACUAGCUUGCUUUUCUUAAAAAUAUGUAGAUUCAAACUA